UUAUGGGCUCUAUUUGACAGCUUGGAUUACUUAUUUCUGCCCCUCUUAUCUGGCAACCCCCUGAACACCAGCCUGCCUCCUUCUCCAGCUAGCGCCUCAUGCUAACUGUAGUAGUGCAUCGCUGCUGGUACAAAAGACACCAGAUACCUGUCUGUGCGUGCACAGUGGCGAUGCUCAGACUCUUGGAUGUGAGUUGAGAGCUGACUGGAUGGUUUGAAGCCACCAUGAAUGAGGAGUCUGAGUCCAGCUGUGGCAAGCACGGUCCUGCCUGUGAAGGAGUUAACUGUGGUUAUAGUCCUUUGCAUGGAGAUCAGAGCGUAACUAAGACUAAACAUGAGAUACCUUCAUCACAAUUAAUAACUAAGAAUCACAGUCAGUCAGAAGAAGUAAAACUUUGUUUUAAAGACAAGGAUAAUCACACUGCUGCAGAAGAACCCAGGGAGACUGACAACGACAAAUGUCAAAUAUGUAAAAAAGUUUACAGAACUCAAAGUCAUCGGUGCCAACACACCAAGAAACACCACGGAGGAGUCAAGCCUUUCAAAUGUAUCUAUUGUAGGAAGAGGUUUACCUUUCGAAACCCUCUGAUUGUUCACCUGCGAACCCACAGUAAAGAGAAACUGUACUUCCGCCCUGUGUGUGGCGUGAACUUUUCUCUGAUGAGCCAUGUAAGGUCACAUAUGAAAACACACACUGAAGAUGCAGUUGGUGGUUUGAUCAACGCAGAUGGAGAAGAGGAACUGGAUCCUGGCAAAUCUAAGGUCAUUCCUAAUGUGCACCAAACUGAUGAUCAACAAUUAGACAGAAGCAUGGACUGGUGCUGCUGCCAUGUGUGUUGUAAUAAAUUAUCAUACAGCAGAACUCUACAACCAGACCAGAGGACUCACCAUGGAACUAAACCUCAUAGAUGCUCCCAGUGUGGGACGGGGUUGAAUUUCCCGAACAGACUGAAAAGACACCUUUUAAUCCGCUCCAAAGAGAAACCUUUCUCCUGUCCAGUCUGUGGCAAGAGAUUCUCCCGCAAAGACAGGCUGAAGGAACACCUCAGCUUACAUGGAUGUUCAUCUGAAGUGAGGGAAACUGCGGAGACUUUGGGUGGAGUCGAGAAGACCGGUAUUCAGAUCAGCUCAGAUUCAUUACAUUUGGAGGGAAAUUCUGUUGGUAAGGCCCCUGAUGUUACAUUACCUGGUGACACAGCUACGCCCGCCACACCUGAACAUAACCCUUCUCUGAAAACGACACCCAGGAAACGUAGAAAGAAAACUGAGGCUGAGGAGCUCUUCAGCUGCGCAGAAUGCAGUAAGGAUUUUCAGAGCGUAUACGCCAGAGACCGCCAUCUGAGAGAGAAACAUGGCAAACGCUCGCUUCACAAGUGCUGCGACUGCGGACAGACAUUUAAAGUUAACCGAAGCUUGAUAGUCCACCAGCGAAUAAACCAUCCAGCACCUGCAGUGUCUGCAGUGCCUGAAGAAGAGCAAAGGGCUCCAAAGACUUAUGUUUGUUCAACAUGUGGAAAGCAGUUUCCAUCUAGUGCCUCCCUGAAAAGGCACCUUAUUAUUCACUCAGGGAAGAAACCAUACAAGUGCACUUUGUGUGGGAGAGGUUUCACGCAGAUUGGAAACCUCAAAACGCACCAAAAGGUUCAUAAAGGGAAAUUAACCAACAUGGCAGUGUUAGACAAACGUUUACCUCAGUCCGAAGAAGCUCAAUCAUCAGUGGAAAUCUGCUUCUGUCAUUUGUGUUGGACACAAUUUUCAGAGAAACAACUAUUAGAAGAACACUUGAAACAAGUCCACGAAUCAAAGAAACCAUUUUCCUGCACACAGUGUGGCAAAAGAUUCAUGUACAUCCAGAAAUUAAACGACCACGAAGCUUGGCACGACGGUCUGAAGCCCUACCAGUGCUCACAGUGUGAUAAAGGUUUCCAGACCUCAAAGGGACUCGAGAACCACAUGCGAGAUCACACAGGAGAGAAACCUUUCCCGUGCAUUAUAUGUGGGAAAAGGUUCAAGCAGGAAUCUACUCUGAGAUCACACUAUGUGACGCACACAGGAGAGAGGCCUCACCUGUGCUCCAUCUGUGGUAAACGGUAUGCAAGAGCCGAAGAGCUUAAAGUUCACCUCAGAGUUCACACAGGGGAGAAGCCGUACCAGUGUGAUGAGUGUGGGAAGAGUUUCUACUACAGGCAAGGUUUCAACAACCAUAAGAAGACUCACAGCGCCAAACCCAUCGGGCCCACCAGGCAGCUGGGCAGACCCAGACUGCUGGGGAGCACCAGGAAGUCAAGCAGGCCUAAGAAGGUCUCACAGAGAGCUCUGCCUGAUUCAGAUGGAGAGGAUCUGACCUGGGAGCCUCCUGACCCCGGAAAUAGACCCCACCAUCACCUUGGCAACCAAGAAAACCAUGCUGCAGAGAACCACCACAGUCAGACAUCUCCGUGGAACUGUGCUCAUUAUACAGCAUUCAACCUCUGGGACCAAAACCCAGAUACGUCCAACUGGAGAGCAGCAGAGUGCCACCAGGCUUACAGUUCUCCAGCAGGAGCAAGCGUUGGUUUCAGUGCCCUGCUCAAGGGCACGGCAGAUCAGGAGCACUUUAAAGAGAGCUGUCCAGCGGAGCAGCCCUCCUGGCCCUCUGACACUUUCUCUGUAUCACCAACCUCUGAGCUCGAGCUCACCCCACCCCUCCCACAUAACACCACAUCAAAGAAAAUAGACCUGAGAAAGGCGAGUGGAGAAGUGAAUCACCGUGAAGAACACAGACCUGAAAGAGAGGAGCAGGAUCACAGAGCAGCACCUACAGAACCUUUAAGACGGUCGGAACCUGAACACAACAGCUCCCAUGAACAGCCUCAGGAAAAGCCUAAACAAGACCAGGGGCCUCGCAGUUACAAGAAGAACUACGACUGUCCGACCUGUGGACGAGUUUUCUCUCACAACACUGCUCUGCAACGACACCUUGUGAUUCACUCGGGGAAAAGACCUUACAAGUGCUUCAUAUGUGGAAGAGGAUUCACUCAGAGUGGAAACCUCAAAACACACAUGAAGGUUCACAGAGGAGAGUUACCAAAUUGGACAUUAGUUCAAGAGAAGAGUCCCCUUAAAGAAUCUCCUGUAACGGUUCAUGUGUGUGGAGAGUGUGGAAUGGACUUCCCUCAGAAACAACAGCUGGAGGAACAUCGCCAGAGUCACAAAAAACCUUACGCAUGUCCCGACUGUGGCAAGACUUUCAAAAACGAAUAUUAUUUUAAAAUACAUAAGCGUGUUCACUCGGGAGAUUCACCUUUCAUCUGUUCAGAGUGCGGGAAGAGCUGCGUCACAGCAGAUUCGCUCAAAAAACACGAGCUGACGCACACUGGAGAAAAGAAUUUCCACUGCGAUCAGUGUGGGAAGGCGUUUUCACAAUCCUCCCAUCUCAACGUGCACCUCAAGACUCACACCGGAGAGCGGCCUCACCUCUGCUCAAUCUGCGGUAAAAGUUACUCCAAAGCAUGUGACCUGAAAGUUCAUCUGCGAGUUCACACUGGAGAGAAACCGUAUACUUGUGAGAAAUGUGGCAAGUGCUUCUAUUACUCUCAAGGGUAUCGAGCGCAUUUGAAGAUUCACGACAAGAAGCCAAAACCUCCAACAAAACCGCUGGGGAGACCGAAACAACAGCUGUUACUGGUACAUAAUCAAUAAUGUCAUUGGGGAAUUCACAAGUCUGAGAAUGUAUAAAGGGUAAAAGUAAAUAUAUUACAGUUUGCUCCUCUGUUAUUAUGUGAAAUAAAAUAUCUUUCAAAUUAGUAAUAUGAUAGUAAGCAUGUAUUAUAUGGUGUACAUUUAAGAAAAAUAAAUCAUUAUAUUG